GUCUCAACUCCAAGCUUUUACUCGUCUAUGUUAACGCUUUUCUAGGGUUCACAUUUUUACAGUAAUCUUUCUCUAUUUGCUCCAUCUAUGGAUUAGGGCACGUAUUGUUUCUCGUCUUCAACUCAAUCUCCGUCUUUUGCGCUUUAGUUGCUUUGCUGUAGAAUAUGCAUAUUGGAUGCUUUCUCUCUCGCUGUUGGUCAAGGCAUAUUCCAUGAGCUUUGCAGUAUCUGGUGUUCAGUUGGCUUAAGCUCACUUCACUGAAAUCAGAGGGUCUUAUUGAUCAAAUUUAUAUUAGGAACAUAUACUAGAAGUUCUAUAUACUUGGUGUAGUUUAAGCUGCUGUUCUUGUAAUUUGUUGUCACUGUUUGGUAGGUUCGGAUAUCCUUUUCCCAUUUGUUAUGAUCCCUAGGUCUUUUGAAUGUAAUUUUUCUUGCAUAAAGAUUUAGUGUUCCAAGUUGAUAUCGAGUGUUCUCCAAAAGAGUGCAAUACAUGUGAUCGUCCUGGGUGCUAUUUGAGCAAGCAACACCACAAUAUCUUCUGCAAAUCCAGUCUCCAGACCAAGGGGAGGUCGCUGCAAUAACUAAAUAUGGAAGCAGAUGGCGGGAUAACCUGUUAGCCCAGCAAAAGGGUCUUGUGUUGUUGGAGUUCUGAUAUCAACAGUCGUUGAAAUAUUUAUAAUCUAGCCAAGACUGUAAUUCUGGAACUUGGGUGCAUGCUUGAUAGCUCAUAUGGUCGACUUUAGUAGGCAUGUUCAGCAGUCUCACAUCACAGCCAUUAUCAAGACCUCUCCAGAAAAUGGAACCCGUCUCUAAUCAGGACUUGUCACUGUUGAACAUGCAGACAGGCAUCACUGCUCCAAUGUCCACCAAUCCUGCAUCUCAUUUUGUGGUUCCAAACCAGCAGAACACAGCAUCAUGUCUGGUUUCCAAUGUUUCAGAGACAGGAAACAUAAUGGUUUCAGACAAGCAGUUAAUGCCGAAUCAGAAAGCUGGAGAGAUGGGAACCAUGCGGAGUAAUGUAGGCCUGCAGACGGCAUUAUUACCUUCGAAGCGGAAGGCUGCAGCAGAACCCUUCCCCAAUAAUUCCUUGCCUCAGCAGACAUUGGCGCCAAACAAACGAAUGGUUCAGAUGGAGGCUCAUGUAAAUUCACCUCGGUUGUCACCUCUCUCUGCUCAAAACAAGAAACAUGUGCAAUUGCAAUCUGUUCCUAAUUCUCAAGGAUCACUUGGUUCGUCAAACAAGAGAAUGAUGCGGAAUGAGUCAAUGCCCGGUAAGACUGGGUCUCCCCGGGUGCAGACAUCAAAGAGUAAGACUGCACCGACAGAAGUAUCACCAAAGAUUCAGAGCGAGUCAUAUGAAGCAGUACGGAUGAAAAUGAGGGAAACGUUGGCGGCUGCAUUGUCUGUUGGCUCUCAGAAUAAAGAGGAAGGUCCUAAUAAAGAGGUAGCAAGUAGCAUUCCCAUGCAAUCACAUGUGAAUUCUCAGUCUGCAUCUGUUGAAGCUGAUGCAGCACCUGGAAGCCAUGUGGAGCUGAAGGAGACACCAGAUAAUAAGCAGGAGGACCGUGGAAGCGCGGCUGGAGAGACUGCUCCAGAAAUGAACAUUCAAAAUUUAGACCAGACAGGAAAAAGUGAUGGACAAAAACCUCAGUACAACUAUGUCAUGCCUGACACAGAUAGUUCAUUUGGCGAUACAUUCUUUGUCAAGGAUGAACUUUUGCAGGGAAAUGGGCUUUCGUGGGCAUGGGAUAUGGAGGUAGCUGAACUGAAGGAAGUCCAAACCGAUGAAAAAUCCAAUUCAGUGUCAAUGGAUGUGGGUAGAUAUGGGACUGAGCAGAGUCAAGGUGCGGAAAGAGAAAAGUUGGAUGACAUGGGCAUGAGCGGAAGUGGGAUUGAACAGGUCAUUAGUUCUCCACAAGAUUUGGCUUUCAAAAUUGAAGCAGAGCUCUUUAAAUUGUUUGGAGGUGUCAAUAAGAAGUACAAAGAGAAGGGGAGGUCUUUGAUGUUCAAUUUGAAGGAUCGUAAUAAUCCUGAGCUGAGAGAAAAAGUUCUAUCUGGUAAGAUUUCUCCCGAAAGAUUGUGUUCAAUGACGCCAGAGGAACUUGCUUCUAAAGAGCUUUCAGAGUGGCGAAUGGCAAAAGCUGAGGAAUUAGAUAAAAUGAUAGUUUUACCGGAUUCUGAUGUUGAUAUGAGACGUUUGGUUAAGAAAACACACAAAGGUGAGUACCAAGUAGAGGUUGAGCAAGAUGAUGGUGUUUCUGUUGAGGUUUCUGUAGGAUCAAGCUCACUCACUCAGUUUCGGCCAAAGAAGAAGAAAACAGAUCAUAUCUCUUCUGCAGCUGAAGAAGUCAAAGAGAAAGUGGUUGCUGAAGGUGAUAAGGCUGCUUCAGAAAAACUGGAUGCUACUAGUAGUGUUACUGUUUCUACUGAUGGGACUGAUUUCAUGCAAGAACUAAUUGUUGAUGAGUUCAAGGAUGAGGGAUUCUUGCCACCGAUUGUUUCUUUAGACGAGUUUAUGGAAUCCCUCAAUACUGAGCCUCCCUUUGAAAACUUACCUGUGGAUGGUAAGGAAACAAAGCUCCCCUCAGUCAAGGACAACUCAGAAACUGGUGGAGAAACUGGGAAUGGGAAGGCGACUCCUGGGAUCACUUCAGCAAAUCCUGUUGAGACUGGAGCACGUACAAAUGACGGAUCAAAUGUAAAAACCACAGAAGUGUUAUCCAGUGCGAAAAGAAAUGGAACUUCCGCAGAAAGAAAACUUUUGCCUGGCGAAUAUUUAUGGGAAGGUGAUCUCCAGCUGACUCUCUCUUCUGCUGUAUCGGUUGUUGGAUUAUUCAGAAGUGGUGAGAAAACGUCAACAAAGGAGUGGCCCGAUUCUAUGGAGAUCAAGGGCAGAGUCAGACUGGAUGCAUUUGAGAAAUUCCUCCAAGAACUUCCCAUGUCCAGAAGCCGUGCAGUCAUGGUUGUACACUUUGUUUUGAAGGAUGCUUCUUCCGAUAUCCACCGAGCCAGUCUUUCUGAGGCUGUGGAUUCAUAUGUAGCAGAAGAGAGGGUAGGAUUUGGUGAACCUAUUCCAGGAGUCGAGCUUUAUUUCUGUCCGCCCAACAAAAGAAUCACCGAGAUGCUCAGCCGGCUGCUCUCCAAAGACCAGACCGAUAUAACCAAACCGACAGAUAACGGGUUGAUCGGUGUGGUGGUUUGGCGAAGACCGCAUCCUACUAUGUUGCCUAAUUCAUCUUCUCACCAUAAACAUCAUAGAAAACACUUAUCAUCUAGGAGACAAGAAAAUAUAAAUGCCAAUACAAAUUCAAAAUCUUUGACUUUCGGCCAUGGUCAACCACCUAGGGACAGUCGAUUGCCGCCACAACCCAAUGAUGGUGGCGGUGGUGGCGACGACGAUGAUGACGAUAUUCCACCAGGAUUUGGUCCUGGCGUUGUUGCCCGGGAUGAGGAUGAUUUGCCCGAGUUUAGUUUCUCCAAAGGCUCAAACUCAUCCGGGCAGACGUUACCUGCCCAAUCCGUGUUUGGGUCAAGAACUGUUCCAUCCAACCCCCCUCCUAGACCUGUAGCUCAGAUGAGACAGCUUAUUUAUGAAUAUGGUCAAACCGGAACCAACCCAGCUGGUUCUGGUGCUGGUGCUGGUGCUGGUGCUGCGAAUUGGAACGGAAAUAGAGGUUCUGGAAUCGAAAACCGGCCUUGGCGGCAAGAUGAAGACGAUGAUAUACCAGAAUGGCAACCGCAGCUCCAAAACCGCCAGCAGCCGCCAGUGCCUGACCACGGUGUUCAAGAGCUAUCGAGGGUUCAUCUCGUGAACCAAAUUAGGCCAGCAAUGGACCAAACUGUAACUCCUGUAAUGCCUAUUAGACCGCCGGUUAAUCCGUUGCAAAAUAGUUGGGUGCAACCGCCUCUCCCCCAUGGUCUGCCUCCCAACACGGCCGUACCAGGGCAGUACUAUGGCGGGCAGUGGCGUCACGAUGAACCUAGAGGCAGAGGGUUUUGACUGUUGUAGAUAAGUAGCUUUAGGUUCUCUGUUUUUAUGGUAGUUUAGUUUUGUAACGCUUUGCUCCAUACUUUUAAAAAUAAUGUUUUGGUGUUUUAUGCUCAUCGAUUGUAUCGUCUUUUUGCUGGACGAUUUAAAUUCUGUUUAAUUUAAGAACUGAUA